CCGAGAUUGUGGCUCGCGCUGAUCUCAUCGCGGAAAGGCAGCUUGCAAUUUGGAUGAUGGGAUAGCAAGUAAUGGGGAGCAAUAUUCAUGGAGAAGAUUGAAAUGGUUCUUCUCAUCUCGCCUGUGAGGCAUUGCUUGCUCCUUCAAGAACUGCGCUCUCACUCGACAAACUCGACCAACCUCUGUCUCCUCCUAUCCUGGGGAGUCUCUAUCUUGCAGGACUGCAUCACUGUCCCGUCGGUGUCGAGCAGCGUGAUUCGUGACGUGCCGGCGUCAGAGUCGACUUCUUCCUCUACCAAUGUUCGCCGUGCACUUCCUCUCCGGUGCUCAAAGACAAUCUUGCUUGGGUUUCUGUGCUGGAGCUUCUUGAACAACCUCUCCCUAUGCUCGCCUAACCGAAGUUUCACGAACGGGUCAUACCUGAGCCCGGCUGGGAUCCGUUGCAUGCCCAGGACAUCGCCUCUUUCAUCGCCCAAGUGGGCAAUGUCCAUCCCUGGCGCAAAGGACAUAUAGUACGCAAGGAAAGGAAGGAUUCCGGAUAAUCUCUCGCCGCUAUACCCUGCUGGCGGCUUCAGCAUCCAGUCAAGCUUUAUGAUUUGCGUGGGAAAGAGGUCGUGGUCGUGGGAACAGUCCUCAGAGAGCUGGACACCCGCAAGAAGCUCAAAGAGCUUCAAACUCGACUUCUUCCCAUUGGCGCCGUGGACGACCGUAACGCUUGCAGCGUUCAUGUCGUUCUUGGUGAAGCCCAAGGACACGAAAUCUUCAUGGUACAGGAUUGGGGUCUCGCAACCACUGUCAAGCAGCAUCUCGAAAGUGGUAUAUGCGGCUCAUAGGCAUCGGCAGCCAUGCCCCUGGCUUUCUUCAAUACGUCGGCACAGCUCUCGUCAUCGUCUACGCGUACCCAUUUCCUCUUCUUGAUCCUUGGCUUGUCGGAAGCGCCUUGCCUCAAGAUGCUCUGCUGCCCCUCUGUGCCUUCCAUUCGACAUGUGAGGGCGUUCUCCUUGCGAAAGCACAUAGGUAUUCGCAAAUGACAUUGGUCAUCUCGGAAUUGGACAUCGGGUUCGACGUGUUUUUUGACAUCGAGAAGAAGUGCUUUCUUGGCAUUUACUCCGUCUUUACCAUCGGCCAGCGGCGGCUCCCACCAGAGGAAACCAGGGCCAUGCUUGUCGAAAUACUCGUCCAGACGUUUCUUCCUGUCGAUAGCGAAUUCGGCCCACGUCCUACAGGUCGUGUCGACAAUUUUCCCCGCAAAGAUCAAGGUAUAGGUGCUCGAGCACUCGAUGUCUCCCUCCUGGUACCCGCGGAUCGCAGCUGAGAUGUUAGCUCUCAUAGGUUCACACUCAGGCUCUGUGCUUUGAGCAAGGGUUUCCUGCAGGACGCAGAGUCGAGAUUGUAUGCGCUCUUCUUUGAACGCCCGCGUCUCGUUGCGAGGCACAUCGUCCUCUGGGUCUGCCCGGGCACAGAUAUCUUCAUAUUCUCUGACUGCAUCCUGGCGCCGCUUGUCCAAAAUGUUCAGCUGGAAGCUCCCAGGAGACUGCUUGCGGUGGUGCUGGUGAAUGUGUUCCCACUGCAGCAUGUUUCUACGAGCGACCUCUUUCGCGCUGGGGUUUCCGGUGUCGAUAGAUGAUGACCCUAUCACUAACGAGGGCUGCCACUCGGUCUCCUCUUGUGGUCCCGAGUCGAACUCAGCUUCUUCAAGCGACGAUACUGCGUUCAAGCCCUCAAAAUCGGACGACAGGGUCUUUUUCUCGGGGCCUUUUACUCGCUGUGUCCCGGCGCCUUUGAGCUUCGGAGAGAAUUGGCUAAUCUUCUGAUCGUGCUUCUUCUCGGCCUCCGCAAAGGAGGCAAAGUUGCCAGGCUGUUGUCCCUUGACAGAUCCGACAGUUUGGCCGCCAUCAUUUUUGUUUACUCUACCCCGUGAUGGGCGGACGAGUUGCAGUUGGGAUCGCAGUUGCUGUACGCUCUUUUCCAGUCUUGUCCGAGGAUUUCCGACAUGGUCUUCACGAUCCAUGUUUGCUGAUUCUGCUCACUGCGGCUGAUCACUAGCUGACUUCCACGCGGUAGCACUGAGACACCGGGGGACAUGCUGAUACCCGUGGCCCAUCAGGCCACGGGUUCCACGGUGUUCUGCACUGCGUUCAAUUACAACAGCGAAGCCGCAGUGGAGCUUGGAACAAAGAUGCGACGUUUCCAGUGUCCAUGCCGGCAGCGUCUUUGAGGAACAAGAGCGCUGCCAGCCGGGACAGCUGGGAUACGUUUUGUCAGGGGCAUUCCGAAAGCGGCGGCUUUCAACUACUGGCUUCUCACGGCGGCUGUCAUUCAUUGUCGUGUUCGUUUUGGCCGAGUGUGGAAGCUCAACCCGGUGUAUCCGCCGCGGCUGGAAUGCAGGCCGGGUAGGUGUCCCGCCGCCACUUUAGUGAGCACGCUCUAAGAGGCCGGCCGGAUUCAAUGUCCCCGCUGAGAGGAUGGCCAGCAGACACGGUCAUUGUCCUUCGCGAUGCAUGCAAGCGUGCAACAUGCGCAAGCAGAUAAUAUGUCUAUUGCAAAGGAUCGUCCAUCCAGCCAGAGAGAUUGUUUCCUCCCUUCCUGCUUUUCUUUCUUUUUUGUGGCGCGCAAAAGAGUUCAGCCUACACAUUUCCCCGUCACCCUUCCUCAUUCUUUGAGACGACGACGGCGCACUUUAAUUUAUUCAUGACCGUGGGAGGUCAACUCCCUGCUGUCAGAGCCAGUUGAAUAUUUACUUAGUCAAAUUCUGGCCAUCUCUCCAGAUGGCGUCGGCAGUACUCUCCCCGCUCGAUGGUACUUUCGUCGCAAGGCUCCGGGGCCGUGUCAACAAUUCCCCGGCGCAUCAACACUGGCGAGCCCUUCUAAGCCACUUCGAGGGCAGAUCGGACUAUGAAAUCACGGCAUAUAUUGCAGAGAAUUUCAGAAACAACGUCUGGACAGGAAAUGAAGCGUGGUUUCGUGACCCAAAUAUUCAAGCAGCUUUCCGAGGAUAUGACCGGAACAGAUUCAAUGCGGCAAACUUGCCUCCGCUAGAUGACGCGGCUCGAAGCCAGUACAACCCGAGCAAUACGCUUGGGCGCGGUAACUUGUUCCCUACGUUCGUCCCGCUGCCUCAGGCUGAAGCUACCCUUAACCAAGAGGAAUUCGACGCGUUGUCGCCCGCAGAACGCCUGAACUACCAACUCACAGGCCAUUUUGGCGGCCAUCGCUUCCAACGUGUGCCAGGAGCAGCACCUGUGGCAGGCACCAAUACUGGCGGAGUUCUGAACGUCGAUAUUUUUGGCGACAAUCCUUUCGGUCCUACUUCUUGGCCACCAUCGAACCCGACUAGACCAGGAGACACGAAUCCCACCACCGAUGCUGGCAAUACUUCACAGCCACCGGUAGUGACUUUCCCUACAUUCACGGGCGACCCACUUACGACAUUCCUGCCCCCAAACAAUCUCAAUGCUUUGUCCACAGCAACCAGAGACCAGUCAACGGCAGUAAAUUUCACGUUCACCCCGGGGGUAACAACAACGCCUGUUGAGGACAUAUUUGGUACUGGCGGGACCACAUCAGGAACUGCUGACACCACGCCGGGCACUGGACCUCAAGCGCCAGUGUUACGACCGCUGCCUCCUAUUACAUUUCCCCCAGGGUGGCCGGUGACACAACCGCCUGCUCCCACCCGAGUGCCCCCGGGGGUAACAACAACGCCUGGUGGGGACAUAUUUGGUACUGGCGGGACCACAUCAGGAACUGCUGACACCACGCCGGGCACUGGACCUCAAGCGCCAGUGACACGACCGCCGCCUCCCAUUACAUUUCCUCCAGUGCGGCCGGUGACACAACCGCCUGCUCCCACUCGAGUCCCCCCGGGGGUAACAACAACGCCUGCUGGGGAUAUAUUUGGUACUGGCGGGACCACAUCAGGAACUACUAACACCACGCCGGGCACUAGACCUCAAGCGCCAGUAACACGACCACCACCUCCCAUUACAUUUCCCCCGGGGCCGGUGGUGGCACAACCGCCUGCUCCCACUCGAGUCCCCCCGGGGCCGGUGGUGGCACAACCACCUGGUGCUACUCGAAUCCCCCCGGGGCCGGUGGUGACACAACCACCUGGUCCCACUAUGUUCCCCACGCGGCCGGUGGAGACACAACCGCCUGGUCCUACUUUGUUCCCCACGGGGCCGGUGGUGGCACAACCGCCGACGUCUACUUUAUUCCACCCGGGGCCGGUGGUGACACAACCGCCUGGUCCUACUUUGUUCCCCCCGGGGCCGGUAGUGGCUCAACCGCCGACGUCCACUUUUUUCCCCUCAGGGAGACAACCUGGCGGUGGAAAUGGUAGAUCAACCACACCUGAUCCCGGGCUCCGGCCGUUGACUCCCGACGACACACCCACGCGUCCUCCCACGCGUCCCGGGCCUCCUGUUCCUCCCGGGCCUCCUGUUCCUCCCGGGCCUCCUGUUCCUCCCGGGCCUCCUGUUCCUCCCGGGCCUCCUGUUGUUCCGCCAGGUUCCCCUCCAACUGAUGGCAGCGUGCCAGCUCCCAUGCAGCCAUCACCAGCUGACAUGCUGCACUCUUUUACCUGGCACGGUCAGGCUCAGCCGCCGGUCGGCACGCGACUCAGGGCAGCUCAGAUCCUCCUCGACGAAGGGGACAUCGACCGGGAAAUGCAUUGGGAGAGGAAUGUUGCAGAGGUGCACGAAUUCUUGAACUGGCUCCUUUCGAGUGAUGAGGCCCCGCGUAUAGGCCCCGAAUCGAGACACAUGGCCGAACAGUUGCUUGAAAAGGUCCAGGCGCACACCCUCUUCAACGACACCCACUACGGGCCUAACACGCCCAACAAGGUUGUUACCUCGGAUAUGAUCCCUGCGCGUAAGCCCAGGUUGAAGUACAACGGAAAGCUGCCACUGCUUUUUGGCAGGGACCACAACGACCAGAAUCACUUGUUGCCCUCGGAGUUCCCCACACACCCGCGGGCAGAGACGGUCGUGAAUGAUAUGUGGCUUACCGAUGUCGAGAAGCAAGACCCGCGUAUCACCGAACAGAACCGGUCGACGCAGCAAGACCAGCUCUCACACGACGAAGAAGCACUGUGGCAGGCCGCCGACCAAGCACUGGAUAAUAAUGCUGCCUUCGUGCAAGAGCAGACUUUCGAGCAGUGUAUCGCCAGGGACGGUAUUGGCUUCCAAGGAUGGGUUGAGUCACGUCUGGAAGACGGCGGGAAUCGUCUUUCCAAGAGACUGUUCGACGGCACUGAGCUCGCGGCCGACAAGCUAAGUUACGCGAGGGAGAGGGCUUGCCGUCGCGCAGGCCUGCAGGCUGCAUUGCGGCAGUUCAGCAGCCAUGAGAACACGGUCGCCAAUACGCCUUGGCGCCGUGUUCGCCUGGCCCUCUCGGCCGAAGAGGUCGGAAUCAUGCGGAAGAACACCGGCGCUGGACCCACGCGCAAGUACGAACUAGCUAAGCUGAGGCCAAAUCAGCUCGAGAAGACAGACGGCAAGGACGACCCCCAGGGCUUCACUGCCAACAUGGUCAAGUUCUGGGCGGACCGGAACAGGGAAAUGGCAACGGCGCGCGAGGCGGUGGUAAGCCGCUUGGGCUUCGGCAUGUUAUCAAUAUCUUCCUCAGCUCUUCCUGGAGUGCAGCAGACGGUGCUGCCGCCCAUGUCACUAUGGGGUGCCUAUGUUGACAGUGGGCUGAGUGCUGCAGACGAAUACCACCGGCAGAUGUUGAGGGAGAUGAGGACUACUAGGCAGCUGUUUGAGCGGGAGCUAAACAUCGCACCUCGACCCCUCUUGGCGCAGAUGGAUGUUGUUUACAGGAAAGGGUUCACCGGCGCAGAUUCCAUGUACACACGGGAUGGUCAGCAGCAGAGUAUUAAUCUCCUAUCUGUUCGCGAACGAGAUCUUGACCAGGACGGCAACAGCCGAGAUCUCGACAAGAUGGAGAUCUACUGGAUCCGGUUUCUGCUCACCCAAUCCAUCACACCCGAAAUGACGCAGCAGCUAGAGCCUCGCGCGUCAAUGUUCAUACUGUUUGCCGACAAGUUAGCACGCAUAUUUAACGACGUCUCGGAUCCGCUGUUUCCAGACAAUGGGACGAGAGUCAGCGUUGAGGACCUCCUUGACUACAUUCACGACAAGAGGGACGGCCCAGUGACGAGGAUCAGGUUCUACGCCCACGAUGUGCAGAUGUGGCUGGAGCGCCUCCACAGCCAAGGACGCUGCCGUUACGAAGCCGACUGGCGGUGCUAUGGUUGGGUGCAGCGCCCCGUCCCCACAUGCCAUCCAGAACAGCUCGUCAGGUGGACUGUGCCUGAGCGCUCCGAGGAUCUCCGCCCAUUGGAGAGGGUCGAGGACGUGGUCUCUGCUCCUCGGUUUGAUCGCCUGCGAACCUGGCAGUCGCUCGUCAGAAGGUGUCUUCACAAUAGCCCGCUAGACCAGAGGGUGGAGCAAUACUUCCUUAGUCUCGCAUACCGCUGGGGUUACUACAUGGGGAAGUUGACUAGUUUCGACGGCGGAUUGGAGCAGAAGUGGAAGGACAAACAGCCCAGGCCGGCUGGUGACAUGUCGAAUGCAAUCCAAGCCUACAGGGCCGAGUUCAACAGGAUCACGCAGUGGGAGCGUGGUGCUGAGAACCCGCUGGUCAGGCUUGUCAAGGCGACGCUGCCCGACAGGGCGAAUGACGACGCCCUGACGGCAGAGGCCGCACUGCAGCUUGUACGCGACCACAUAAUCAAGGAGGCCGUGAAGAAAGACAAUAUGCUGUGGCCGGGCCGCCGUGCGAACGAUUACCUGGACCCGCUCGACGAGAAGGUCCGCUCCAAGGUCUGGAGCUGGGCCAGGCCCGAGGUCCGGGGCGAGGUCAAGAGGUUCUUCAGCGUGAACAGGUGGCCUUUGCAGCUCCAGACGGAGAGGAGGCAGGGCAUCAUCACGCGCGACGAGGCGCUCGACGAAGAUCUGCUCUGGAAGCCCGAGCUCGAAGACCCGACCCCCUCCAAGUACUACCGGCCCAAGGCCAAGCCAUACAUUGAUCAAAAAGUUGAGUACAGGACGGGCCACAGGAAGUUCCUCAUAGGUGAUACGCCGCGCCAGAAACAAUUUGUGAUAGAUCAAAUGUUUGCGCAGAUGGGCAGAGCUUUGGCAGCCAAUAGAGAUGACGAUGAUCCAGACGAUCAAGACACUGGCAUCAGCGAGAAAUUUCAGGAGUGGUCGACCUACCUGUUGGACCGAUACAACAGCUUCUUCGACGACGACGAUGACGACGCCGACGACGAUCCCAACCGCUACGAGGAGCCAGGGUCGAGGCUUCGGAAAUUCCACCGCGAUCUGAUACCUGAAAGUUUCGACCCUAGAACCAACAAGAGGGGUGCGGACGAGGAUGCCGCGGAUCAAGGUGCUCCCAAGAGGGUGCGACGUAAUGGACCAGGACAGGCAGAUCAAGCGGCAGCAGCAGUAGCGAUGCCAGAGGAGGCCGACCAAGAUGGCAACCAAGACGGCAACCAAGACGGCAACCAAGACGGCAACCAAGACGGUGGGGCGUUGGGAUGGCUUGGAGAAACACUGGCUGGACUCGGCUCUAUUUAGGAAGAUCAGGAAUUGUUCGUCUGUAGUCUGUCUGAAGAGCGGACGAGCUGUGAUCUGUAGUGGUGGCUCUAGCACUGGCAGUCGGUGUGGCGCUUCUUAUUGAUUCCAUACAGGAAUGAUCUGUUAUAUACUGCUUAUCGUAGGACAAUUUCCACUUUCAAA